AUGAUCAAGUUGUUCCAACGUCUAUGCGACCUUGAGCAAGGCCUUAUCCUCAGAGCCAUGUGGCAGCAGAAAUCUUUCGCUGACACCCAUCGCCGAGAUGUGGAGUUCCGACCGGGAGAUAAAGUUUGGAUUAGCAGCAGCAGUUUGCCCUCCCUAAACCGGCCCUAUCAUCGAGAAGAUCGGGACACUCAGGGGAAAUUCGGUGACUCCUACGAGGUUAACUGCAUUAUGGAUAAGCUGGACGACGUGCGACCUUACAACAUCUGCUCAAAUGGCGCGGCGUCCCUGAAGACAGCGCAAAGUGGGGACCAUUUGAGCACCUUCACGGCUGCCCAGCAUUACUCCGCGCAUGCAGGCGUCGUCACCCUCGGGCGGUCUGGCGCUUGCGCUCCUCCAAGACUGCCACCCUGCAUGCGCCGCCUCGAUAGAGGCGCCUUCGCAGCCCUUGCCCCCCCCCUCCCUUCCCCGCAUCGGCUAGAGGCUUUACGCUCGUAG